AAUAUACAAAUAACGGAGGGAGCUGGAAAGAGGACAGAAUCGAGACCAGAAGAGAACCGAGGAGAGAAACGAGACAACAGCAGCCGGGGAACUUUUCCUUCCUUUCUUCCUUUUUAUCUAACAAGGAACACAAGUUGAAAACAGUCAAGAUGUCUUCAGCUAAAGGUGUAGCAAUCGGCAUCGACCUGGGCACCACCUACUCCUGUGUGGGUGUUUUCCAGCAUGGAAAAGUAGAAAUCAUCGCCAACGACCAGGGCAACAGGACCACCCCCAGCUAUGUGGCGUUCACUGACACAGAGAGACUGAUUGGGGACGCAGCCAAGAACCAGGUGGCUCUGAACCCCAGCAACACUGUGUUUGAUGCCAAGAGACUGAUUGGAAGAAAAAUGGAUGAUCCAGUGGUGCACGCUGACAUGAAGCACUGGCCCUUCAAGGUGGUCAGUGAUGGAGGGAAGCCCAAAAUUCAGGUGGAGUACAAAGGUGAGGACAAAGCCUUCUACCCUGAGGAGAUUUCCUCCAUGGUCCUGGUGAAGAUGAAGGAGAUUGCUGAGGCCUACCUGGGCCAAAAGGUGUCCAACGCAGUCAUCACAGUCCCCGCAUACUUCAACGACUCCCAGCGACAGGCGACUAAAGAUGCAGGCGUCAUCGCAGGACUGAAUGUCCUGAGGAUCAUCAACGAGCCCACAGCAGCCGCCAUCGCCUACGGUCUGGACAAAGGCAAGACAGGAGAAAGAAACGUCCUGAUCUUUGACCUGGGUGGAGGAACCUUUGACGUGUCCAUCCUGACCAUUGAAGACGGUAUCUUUGAGGUCAAAGCCACGGCUGGAGACACUCAUCUGGGUGGAGAGGACUUUGACAACCGCAUGGUGAACCACUUUGUGGAGGAGUUCAAGAGGAAAAACAAGAAGGACAUCAGCCAGAACAAGAGAGCCUUGAGGAGGCUGCGCACAGCUUGUGAGAGGGCUAAGAGAACCUUGUCAUCCAGCUCCCAGGCCAGCAUCGAGAUCGAUUCUCUGUUUGAGGGUAUCGACUUCUACACCUCCAUCACCAGGGCUCGUUUUGAGGAGCUGUGCUCCGACCUGUUCAGGGGAACACUAGAGCCCGUGGAGAAAGCUCUGAGAGACGCCAAAAUGGACAAGGCAAAGAUCCACGACAUCGUCCUGGUGGGAGGCUCCACCCGAAUCCCUAAAAUCCAGAAACUGCUGCAGGACUUCUUUAACGGCAGGGAGCUGAACAAGAGCAUCAACCCAGAUGAGGCAGUGGCUUACGGGGCAGCUGUCCAGGCAGCCAUCCUCUCAGGUGAUACCUCUGGGAACGUUCAGGACCUGCUGCUGCUGGACGUGGCUCCUCUGUCCCUUGGUAUCGAGACAGCUGGAGGAGUCAUGACAGCCCUGAUCAAACGCAACACCACCAUCCCCACUAAACAAACCCAGGUCUUCAGCACCUACGCAGACAAUCAACCCGGGGUCCUGAUCCAGGUGUACGAAGGGGAGAGAGCCAUGACCAAGGACAACAACUUGCUGGGCAGGUUUGAGCUGACAGGAAUCCCACCUGCUCCACGUGGAGUCCCACAGAUUGAGGUCACCUUUGAUGUGGACGCCAACGGCAUUUUGAACGUGUCGGCCGUGGACAAAAGCACCGGCAAAGAGAACAAGAUCACCAUCACCAACGAUAAGGGCCGACUGAGCAAAGAAGAGAUCGAGAGGAUGGUGCAGGACGCUGACAAAUACAAAGCUGAGGACGACCUUCAGAGAGAGAAAAUCGCUGCCAAGAACUCUCUGGAGUCGUACGCCUUCAACGUGAAGAGCAGCGUGCAGGAAGAGAACCUGAAGGGCAAGAUUAGUGAGGAGGAUCGUAAGAAGCUGAUUGAGAAGUGUGAUGAGACCAUCGCCUGGCUGGAGAACAACCAGCUGGCUGAUAAGGAGGAGUACCAGCACCAGCAGAAAGAGCUGGAGAAAGUGUGUAACCCCAUCAUCAGCAAGUUGUAUCAGGGAGGAAUGCCUGCAAAUAGCUGUGGGGAGGAGGCCCGAGCUGGAGCCCAGGGGCCCACCAUCGAGGAGGUGGACUAAAGUGGCAUUUGAUAUGGACUCAUUGAUCUCAGGGACUGUUUGAAUAUAACUGUUUAUUUACACAAUUGUUGAAAACUUUGCCACUUUAUUGUUUACAAUAUUCCAUGUUAAUAAAAUAUUCUUUUCAAUAAUUAAAACACAACUGUAACUUGAUCACCUGUUUAAAUGUUGGGUGUUGUUUGUGAUGUUUAAGAUGUAAAAAGCACUCUUAAUGUUAAUAUAUUUAUCUCUGCCUUGUUGGGUUUUGUAAUAAAAAUGAAAAUUUAAUUGAACUUGCAAUUCACUCUGGUUCUUGUCACUGUUGUUUCGGUUUGUUAUAUUUUUCUACUACCUUUACAAAGGUUUAUUCUCAUUACUGUGGAGCCAUGUUGUUAUGCUUGUAUCAUUGUACUGUUAGGCAUAUAUCAACAAGUUUUAUAAUGCAGAUCUUUUCAGUCUGUAUAUUUUCGCUGUAGAUUAAUACAACUGCUCUUUGCCACAAACCUGAAUUACGUGUCCUUUAAGUUAUAAAGCUCAAAAAUAAAAAC